UGCCCUUGGCUCGGGCCGGCCGGGAUGCGGCGGGCGGAGCGGCCGGCGGCGGGGCCCGGCUCUCCGGGCUGCCCCGACCUGCUGCUGCACGUCGGCGGGCCGGGCUCGCCGCUCUCGCCGCUUUUCCUCAGCUUCUUCGAGGAGGAGUGCAGCGCCAUCGCCGCCCGCCUGCGCGUGGGAGCCGCCGCCGCCGCGGGGCCGUCUCCGGGGGGCGCCGCCGCCGGGCCCGUCACCUCCACGCCCGUCGCCUCCGGGCCCGUCUCCUCCACGCCCGUCACCUCCGGGCCCGUCGCCUCCGCGCCGCUGCGCCCCUCGCAGCCCCCCGCCGGGGACGCCCCCGGUGCGACCCCCGGGGAGCCGCGGCCCCGCUCCCGCCUCGCCCGGCCGCAGCCCCGCAGGGCCGCCCGCCUCGGGACCGGGCAGGGCGCUCCGGGCCGCUCCGGGCCCCCCGGCCGGUCCCCGGGGAGCGGAGCAGCGAGGCCUUCCCUGGGCCGUCCGCGGGCGUCGCUGGGGCGGGAGCCCCCCAGGGCCGGCCGGGGGCCGGGAGCCCCCGCAGCGAGGCUCGCCCUGCCCUCAGGUACGAAGCCGAAGCCGGCUGCCAAGCCCAGGCUGCAGCACCCCGGUGGGGCUCCGCAGCUGGCGCUGCCGUCCGCCGUCCCCAGACCCACCCCCCGGGACAAGGAGACGGAAACUGCUGCCAAGGCUGCGGGUCACAGACAGCCCUCUAAGAGGCUUUCUACAGCAAUCCCUACCGUGGCUUCUCGCUCCCGACUGCGGCCGCCAGGAAGAGUGGCUUCCCCCAAGCGCUCUUACCUAGGCACCCAGAAAGAGCCUGAACAAACCUGGUGCUCUGGUUCACCUGUGGAACAGCGAGCGGCCCUGGCUGCUGUCGGGGCACUCCCUGAGCAGGGCUCUGAUGCUCUUCGUUUUGGUUUCCUGGACCCUACUUCAGGAUCGACUACCCAGGAGCUGCUGUGCAACAGGACCCGAGAGCUGAAGGAAAACGGCAAGGCUGACCAGACGUGGGUGUGCGUGGGAUCCCCUUCUCCCAUCGUGUUGCCCCCCGUCCCUGCUCCGGGCUGUGGGGAGGCAGCCCCCGCUGAGCAGCCUGCAGGUGACCAGCUCUCCCAGGAGCUGAAGCAUGUAAAGGACGAGCUGGAGCGAGUGAAGGGCGAGCUCGCUGACAGGACUGCCCAGUGUGAAGCCUAUCGCCAGACAAUCUCCUCCUUGCAGGCUCAGCUCAGAGCAGCAGGAAUCUGGCCAGAAGAUGCAGCAGUGGACGAGAACGGUGUCGUGGGGAGAGACUGACAGCCGGCACACGGGGCAGACACAACAGCGACUUGUCCAGGCACCUGAGCUGCUGGGCCAGUGAUACUUGUGGAGCACUUGAACAAACGGAUAUUUUAAUUCCUUGUAUUUAAAAUAAACUUUUUUUUCUUUUCUCA